AUGCCGAACAAUAGCAAAACAAUAGAACACGAGAAUGUUAACGAGACUCUUCUAGUCAUUCCGACUGUCGGUAUCCAGAGUUCGGUUAAAUAUGUUUAUGGACAAGAAGAUUACUUUGUACCUUGGUCCAGUAUUGACGAUGUUAUCAUUAAUGAAGUUAUACAGUUGAAUCGAGUACUUUAUUUCCUCACUUUGAUAGUUAAAAGUGGAAGUUCAUCAAAUGAUGGGGAUUCUACAAAAUUAAUACCACUUUUUAAGUACACAAAACCAAGACUUGUGAUGCUUGAAACGAUAUAUUCAGAACUACAAGUUCUGUUGAUGGCAUCUCAAAAGAAGGGACAUGAUUUGGGAUCCGGUGACAAACAGGAUGUUGGUUGA